UGGAGCAAUAAUUGUUUUUAAAUUUUCCGUUUAUUCAGCCAAAAAAAUGCAAUUCUGCCACAGUUUUACAGGUUUAGUCUCUAUAGCGUACCCUAUGUGGUAUAGCCGACCUGUACCCUCUAUUCUCCAGGGCUGUAUGGACAGGUUUGGUGUUUCCAGGAGCCGCCCCUAGUACUGCCUCCUCCCUUCCCUUCCGUGUCAGGUUCUUCCUGGAGCAGCCUCCUCAGUAAGCUACCUGACAGGGAGCCAUGGACAGACUGCACUUCCAGGGGGCUGCGGGGGCUGUGGAUGACUAUCUGGAGUACAGGAGGAUUGUUGGUGAAGAUGAUGGAGGUAAACUUUUUAGUCCAGAAGAAUAUGAAGCAUACAAGAAAACAGUGCUCCCAAUGAGGGCACAAAAUCGACUGUUUGUCAGCUGGAGAUCACCAACGGGAAUUGACUGCAAGCUUGUGGGCCCGGAGACCCCCUGUUUUUGUACUCACAGGUACAAACAGCAUAAGACAGACUUCAAGGAGCUUCCAAAGGAUCGUCCUAUUCUGUUGCCAUGUAAAGUCAGCAAAUGCCCAUGCAAAUCCUAUCACUUCGUUCCUCGGAAUGGCUCCCAACCAGUCCGUUGCCGAUGUAAGCACCUUGCUGACGACCACAGUGUUACAGGAUCCUUCAACUGCACCAAAUGCUCGAACUGCGCAGGGUUCCAUAGUUCGUUCACUUGUGGAUGUUCUCAGCCAGCAUAUACACACGAUACCGUCGUAGAGACAAAGGAAGAAAGACAAGCUCUGGGAAAACCUGUUGGACAAGAUGUUCCAUAUGCUGCUAUGGGGGGAUUGACUGGAUUCAGCUCUCUUGCUGAAGGCUAUAUGAGACUUGAUGAAAGUGGUAUAGGUGCCCCUAGUAGGCGUUUUCUGGAAUCCCCUGAUGAUGGUGGAUCUCACCCUUUUCUAAGAGCAUAUGGCCCACCAUCUUCUAACAUUGAAGGACUCCCCGAUAGAAGUAAAGAAAUGUCUAAGCUGAAGGCACAAGAAGAACAGGACAUGGCUUUUUUUGAAAGGCGCUAUCAGGAAAGGAUAAAGAAAGAAAAAGAACAGAAAAGACUGAAUUCCAGACACCCCGGCACUCAGCGGCCUUAAGGAUGGUGGAGCAGUCAGCAACAUGUGACUUAUUAGCCAUUUUAAAAUGUCAGCAAUUUGAGUUAAAAACAAAACAAAAAACUUGUAGUAAUUAUUCUAACCAUAUCAUAUGGACGGUAUUAAGGUGGACUGACAGAUUUUAUUAGCUGCAUCAGUAGAUUUGGUUUGCAUCUAUUUAUGAGUACACUACUUUUUUUUACUGUAGUUCCUGAUCAACACAAUAUAAGUGAUAACUGAA